AGUGGGGAGAGAAAUGAGGUGUGAGUGAAGAGAAAGGAGGAGAGACAUAAGGAGAGAGAGAGAGAGAGAGAGGGCGCCCACGUCGUCCGCCUUCAUGAGCAUACGCUCAGUGCGGAGAGAGCAAGAGCGCGAGACAGGGAGCGCGAGAGCGCGAGGCGAGAUAGAUAGAGCGAGAAAAGGAGAGAGAGAGAGAGAGAGAGCAGUGCUGUGUCAGUGCGAGACUCGAAGCAGCUCUCCAUCCACUCAGCGCGGGAGAAGAGAAGAGGCUCGCGCGACAGCGCUGCGUUCUGAAGAUGCUCCGCGCUGCGCUGCUGCUGCCGCUGCUGGUGUGUGUGUGUGCGUGUGUGGGUUUGUGCUCGGCGGCGCUGCCCGGAGCCUCCGGCCGCGACGACAGCGGCAAUUUUCUGGACGACAAAUGGCUGACAGGACGGUGGGACAAAUUUCGAGACGAAGUAGAGGAGCCUGGAUCGUGGAACCCUGGGAAGCCUUUUGAUCAAGCUCUGGAUCCUGCCAAAGAUCCAUGCUUGAAGAUAAAAUGUGGCCGACACAAGCAAUGUGUGGCUGAAGACUACAAAACACCCACCUGUGUUAGCCAGCGCAGGAUGAGUUUCACUAAGGGAAUGGGUCUGAACCCAGCACAGCUGAAGUGUAAGAGAUGUCCAGUGGUGCAUCCAUCACCAGUCUGUGGAACAGACGGACACACUUACUCUACCAAGUGUAAACUGGAGUAUCAGGCGUGUAUCUCUGGGAAGCAGAUUUCUGUGAAAUGUCCAGGACAGUGUCCCUGCUUAUCACAAUCGAACAACCCUUUGGAGAAGAGAGACUGCAGUGAUGCUGAAAUGAGUGACGUUGCAAGAAAACUGAGAGAUUGGAUCAGAGAUCAACAUGAAGGCGGGAAUCCCAGCAAGAAACUCAAGUUCCAGAAACCAGAUAAGAGAGUGGACAUGAGUAAGGUGCCUCUCUGUAAGGAUUCCCUAGGCUGGAUGUUCACCAGACUGGAUGUCAACUUUGACCUGCAUCUGGACCAAACAGAGCUCGCAGGCCUGGGUCCGGAGAAGAACGACGCCUGCAUUAAGGCCUUCCUCAGGUCAUGUGACACAGGCCGAGACCAGCUCAUCUCCAGCCAGGAAUGGUGCUUCUGCUUUCAGAGACACCAGGAUUCUCCCUGCCAAUCAGAGAUUACCAGUAUCCAUGAGCAACAAGCUGGGAAGAAGUUAUUGGGUCAGUACAUCCCCUCCUGCGAUGAGGACGGUUUCUAUAGGUCUCACCAGUGCCAUGGCAGCAGCGGCCAGUGCUGGUGCGUCGAUCGCUAUGGAAACGAGGUUGCUGGGUCACGCACGAUGGGGCCUGUCGAAUGCGCUCCUGUGGUGGAAUCUUCCGGAGACUUCGGCAGCGGUGACUCCCUGCUCUCCGAUGACGAGGACGACGAUUUCCUGAACGACGAAGAGGAGGUGGGAGAUGAUGAAGAAUAUGAUGAUGAUGACGAUGACGAUGGCUACCUGUCAUAAUCCACUUUUCUUUUUUUUUCUAAAAAAAAGGGGAAACCAAAAAAAAAAAAAGAAGGCAGAGACGUUUGUUUGGUCCUAAAGCGCGUUUUUAGGCAACACUGGCAGAAAUCUGUACUAAUAUUACUAAUGGCUUAGACAAAAAGAUAUAUCUUCCUCUUGGUGUGUAACAUUUGUACAAAAAUUAAUACAGUUAUUCCUGAUAUAAAUGCAUUUUAUUUUUCUUAUGUCAAUGUUUUUGAUCCUUAGGAUAAGUUAUCCACAGUAGCCCUUGGGACAGUAACUAGGAGUGAUCAGAAGGGUUUUGUUAGAGAUAGAAGUAUUACGCUUAGGAUUUAGCGUGGACACACACACACACACACAUUCACACACAGGCAUGUACGAACACAUGAGUCCUAUUUUCAGCGAGAAACUGAAAAUUUUCUGUCUGAAAGGGAAGCAGGCAUACCCCCCCCCACACACACACACACACCUGAUGGCAUGUUUCUAACCAAUUUCAUCCUUGUUUCAUAUUUGUUUGUGUGUAUGUGCGUGUGUAUAUAUUUUCCUGUACAUUGUCAGUGCUUUAGAGCUGAGAUUACUGAUUAUUGCACUUUUUUGGUUUGUAUUUCGAUGAAAUAAACUAUGAGAUUAAUUCAUUUUACAUGCAGAAAAAAAAAAUCUGCUUUAAUAAGCCAUUAUUAUUACAUAUUCAUCUGAAGUCAGUUUAAAUUGUCAGGGGAGGAUGGUCAAAACACUUCAACUCAGUGGCUGAAGAGACAUAAUACUAACCACAUAGCAUCAGGUUUUUUGGAUUUCCAGUUUGUGGGCUGACAAACUAUAGAUCAGGUAUAUUGGAGCAGGAAGAAACAUUCUAUGUCUAAAGCCCAUUUUACACCAGGUGUGGUAACCGGUCACGUGACGCAUCAUGCGUAAUAUGCACCUAUAUCAAUCAGUGCAGCCUUUCACACCGGCUACAUGCAUCAAGCGGAGCUGCAGCGGUAAUGUGAACAUGAAGUUUUUAGCUGUAAACAGUGCAACAUUCUGGAUUCUUGCUAUAUUGUGCAAUCUAUGCCCAUAAUCAAAACAGCAUACAGCUACAUUUUAAGUUGGAGCAGCAGAAUUGUUAGAGUCCACUGAAGAACCAUCCUCUUACAGAAUGUUAGUAGCUAAUAGCUUUGCUAAAGUUUAUUUCAUUUGAAAACAGAACAAUGUCAAAAAACGUGUUUCACUAACACAACUUGACGUGCGAGUUGCGUCCGGUGUGAAAUAGGAAGCGUUGAGGAACAGUGUAGGCUUGCUGUGCGUGCCGCGUUGCUUCUAGUGUAAAAUUAGCUUAACAAACACAGUUUUUCAUUGUUAUCUGUUACCUGUUAGCAGUCCUAGGAUGUGCGGUGCCUUUGAGUGGAAAAGAGAGGGAGUGAGUUUCAGGCGACAUUGUAAAAGGUUUUAGCGUAAAAUGUUGGAAGUUUGACUGUCAUACAGCAGAGAGGGCCUCACCUCUACAUGAAGUCUCUGUGUUUUGGUUUUUUGGUAGGAGAACGUAUAUGCGAAUAGUUUGUACAUUACCGUAUACCGUUCCAACAUACAGUUGUAGAUGUUCAACCUCAAACGUGUCCUAUGUGUUGUUUGUUGACUUGUUUGCAUUCUUGGAUUUGAUUUGGACUUUUUUUAUUCGUUAGCGAUCUUGCACUCAAAGCUAUGAGAUUUUCCUUCUGCGGUCACUUUUGAUCGUUACCGUGUUCUGCGAAAUUUCCCGCUUGUUUGAGUUUGGAAAGGUUGGUGGAGGUGCUAGGAUGGGGGAAAAAACAGGACUCUCUUUUCCCAUGUCCACAUCUGUCCAGCUAUUGUCAUAGAAGUGACAAAUGCAUUUUUCUUUUUUCUUUUUUUUUUACAGUGUAUGUAAUAUUUGCCGAUAAUAAAGUUCUAUUGACCAGA